AUGACUGAAAGGAAGACUUCAACGACGCUACCGAAACUUCGAGUUCCAUCACAUUCGUUUGCCGACUUUUCUGCUCAGAACAUCUCCAAUCUUACUCUGAGGACCGUCUCAUCAUCAACAUCCACAAUUUCCACACCCAGCAACAACAUACGACGGGUGCGCCAGGAACAACCGUUCAUCGAAAAGAAGAAUGAUCAUAAGAAGAAGAGCAAGACACUCAGGCCUGAGUUCAAGCCUGAAGCUAAAGCAUCUAAAAAGCUACUCAACUUCCAGCAACUGAAGAAGUCUUAUGCCCCAACUCAGCCAUUUGUAUUACACAAGCCAGCUGAUAUGUCUCAUUAUGAUUACCUGGUUUUCACAAAGCAGCAUAAUACAACUAGAAGAAGUCCUGUUAUUGCACCACAGUCUCUGCUGCUGCCUACAUCUCCAGCUGAGCCAGUAAAGCCAUCACUUCCCCCAGUGAGGCUGACGCAAAUAAAGGCAUGGGAGUCUGCCGAGACGAUAACAUCAAACAGAGUUUUUGAUUACACCAAGCAAGAUGACGAAGCAUGGCUCGACGACGAUACGUACGAGUUUGGAGCGGAUGAGGAAGUGAGUAUUGACAGAGGCAAUGACGAGUGGACUGAGCCUAGUGUUCCAAACACGAUCAUUGCGCUGAUCCCUGAACUCUCAAGAACGGAAUUGGAAAUAGUGUCUGAACAUUUCGAUCGGUUGCAAAGAUGCGUGGAGUCUCCCAAUAUUGAUGAUUACGAGAAGGAGGAGAAAAAAGCUCUUUGGGCACAUGCCAUGCAACAGUCUGACGAGUAUGAAAAAUUAUACACUUCGAAUCACACCAUUUCUGGCAAACGGCGUGUUCAAGUUCUUCAGAAGAGAGCGUUUCUUCAGAAACUCUUCGGAUAUUCAAACAACAUCAACACAGAGCUCACCACAAACAACUCAUCUUAUUCCGCGGUGGACAGUUCGAUGAGUGCUCAAAAGGCCUUUCAUGAGGAUAAAGAGGAAAUUUGUGAAUUACUCGAGCAACAGCAAGCCUAUCAACAGGCAAUUGACGAAGUAAGGGAGCGUUUGGUGCCCUUGGGUAACCUAAAGCUAAGCUCUCAAAACCCCACACCAGAGAUAGCAUAUCUGGAGGUGGACCAGUCCAGGUUGGCAGAUGUGACGUCUCACUGGUUGAGCUCCAUCUACGACCGGGACAGCAACAUGCAUGUGGAGGAAGAUGACGAUGACCCAGACAUUGUGGCAGCUGCCAUGUUACAUCUCAAGCAGUGCGUAAGGGCGGCCACCGAUGUCGCAAUGGAGGAAUAG